AUGGGCAAUCAAUUCGCCGGAGUCAUCUUCUCCGCGGGCCAGCCAUCCGACCUACUUCAGCGUCUGGCAAAACUCUCAAACUGGAAGCUGUCGCCAUCGAGCAAAGGCAUCUCGCGUCAAUUUACAUUCCCCGGCUUUGCUUCGGCGUGGCGCUUCAUGUCCAUCGUUGCGGAUGAGGCAAAGUCCAAGCGACACCACCCGUCGUGGCAUAAUCUGUACUCCGAAGUGACCAUCGAGUGGACUACGCAUAAGCCAGAAGGGCUCAGCAUCAAAGAUGUCGAGAUGGCCGAAUUCUGUGACCGGACAGCUGACAUGAUUGGUCUAAAAAACUAA